AUGAGUCAUCAUCCUAAGGCACACGAUAUAGCUAAAGUCGCAGCCGCUAGGUUGAAUGCAGCUGCAGCUACAAGAAAUUAUAAUGUGACUCCAAGAGUGGAUUAUAGAACAGUGGUGAAGGUGGAUGGCCCACUAGUUAUUUUGGACAAUGUCAAGUUCCCAAGAUAUGCAGAAAUUGUUAAUGUUUGUUUGGGAGAUGGAUCAGUCAGAAAAGGAUAAGUGUUGGAAAUAGCUGGUAAGAAAGCAGUCGUACAGAUCUUUGAAGGCACUUCAGGUAUCGAUAAUUUGUACACACAUUGCGAAUUCACUGGUUCAACACUUUAAAUGCCAAUUUCUGAAGAAAUGCUUGGAAGAGCUUUCAACGGAUCAGGAGUUCCAAUUGAUAAAGGCCCCCCUGUUUUGGCUGAGGAAUUCUUAGAUAUUCAAGGAUAACCAAUUAAUCCAUUCUCUAGAGUUUAUCCUCAAGAAAUGAUUCAAACAGGUAUCUCAGCCAUCGAUUGUAUGAACUCAAUUGCCAGAGGAUAGAAGAUUCCAUUGUUCUCUGCUAAUGGUUUGCCUCAUAAUGAAAUAGGAGCUUAAAUUGUGCGUUAAGCUUCAUUAGUCAAGGGUAAAGAUGUUCUAGACCAUUCUGAUGAAAACUUUGCAGUUGUAUUUGGUGCUAUGGGUGUCAAUAUGGAAACAGCUAGAUUUUUCUAAACAGAUUUCGAAUAAAAUGGUUCAAUGGAAAGAGUCGUCUUGUUCAUGAACUUGGCUAAUGAUGCCAACAAUUGAAAGAAUUAUUACUCCAAGAUUGGCAUUAACAACAGCAGAAUAUUUGGCUUACGAAAAGGAAUUGCACGUGUUGGUUAUCUUAA